AUGGUGAAGUAUCUUCCUGAGAGACAUCGGAGAAGCCCCUCCAAGCUCGAUCAGAGCUCCGUGCCUUCCAAGGUUUUGCCGCCGGGUCAGUUCGUGAGAGAGUCUUACGAGGCUUGGGUCGAGAUUGCAGAGAAGUUCCCUGGAGCCAAAGGUAUUUUGGUAAAUUCCAUCACAUGUCUUGAACAGAAUACAUUUGAUUACUUUGCUGAUCGUCCUGAGAACUAUCCCCCGGUUUACCUGAAUAGACCAGUUCUUAGCUUGGAGGAUCGUCCUUCUCUCGAUCUCGACCCGGCGGAUCGAAGCCGAAUAAUGAAAUGGCUUGAGUACCAGCCGGAGUCUUCAGUCGUGUACCUCUGCUUUGGGAGAUUCGAAGUCCUUGGAAAAGAGAUAGCUCGAGCUCUUGAACUCUCUGGCCAGAAGUUUCUCUGGUCAAUCUGUACGGGGAAAUCGAGCCCGUACGAUCUUUUGCUGGAAGGGAUUAUGGCUCGGAUGGCGAGUAAGAGGCUGCAGCGGAACACUUUCACGUUGGUGAAGGAGUUGGGUUUAGCCGUGGAGCUGCGUUUGGACUACGUUUCAGCAAACAAGGAUGUUGUGAAAGCUGAGGAGAUUGCUGGAGCGAUUCGAUCUCUGAUGGACGGUGAGGAUACACCGAGGAAAAGAGUGAAGGAGAUGGUGGAAGCGGCAAGAAAGGCUUUGAUGGACGGAGAGUCUUCAUCUGUUGCGGUUAGACGAUUUGUCGACGAUAUAGUUGGCUUCCAUUGGAUCUUCCAGAAAGCAAAAGAUCCGACCGAUGCUGUGGCUGCGGAAAGCCCACAAACAUCGGCCGGCAAAGACAUCUAA